CUUUCAGGUGAGAGACUGUUCACGGUAAAAAAGUACGGCGAAGUUUUUUUUCUAUUUAUUCCUCUCCGAGCAGUGGCGAUUGACUUCUUAUCUUCUCCAUCUUUCCGUUCUUCAAAUCCCAUUCCUCUAUAUAAAUCCAGUAAUAACUGAACCAGAUCAUCGUCUUCAUCAGAACCCAAAUCUCGCCGGAUUCCCAUCUGUAGACGAAGAGUUUCAGUCGAUGCUGUGAAGAGGGAGGGGUGUGCCGGAUGAUGCUGCCGAUGGUCGAUUGCCGGAGUUUGAUCGAGUUCUGCCGAUCAUUCGAGCCGCGCAAGAACAGGAACCGAUUCAGUCCCAAUUCCCACCGGGUUUCCCGGGGCAAUAAGAACCACUGCUGCCUCAAUCGUCUAGCUCGCCCCUUCUGCGGCGAUCACUCCCCCAUGGCGGCGCUCGAUGCGGUCAUACUCGUCCUCGUCCUCGGAUCUCUAGGGUUUCUGAUCGUCCCCUAUUUCGCGUCCGUCAUCGCCCAUCUCUGCCCGGUUCUGCUCGACGUCGUCGUCGAGGUCAUCAGCGACGCCCCGGUUGCGUAUUUCGCCGGACUGGUCGCGACGCUGCUGGGAGUGAUUGCCGCGAUCGUUGCCUGGGAGAUCGUCGAUCUGCGGUCCAGGAGGUGCGGGAAUCCGAAUUGCCAGGGGUUCAGGAAGGCGGUGGAGUUCGAUAUCCAGCUCGAGUCGGAGGAGUGUCUCAAGUACUUGCCGCCGGAAGUCGCCGCCAACGGGAACGCGUUCUACAAUUACGGCGCGAAACCAUUGGAGCUAGGGCAAGAUCGGAAGGAGCUGGAGGCGGAGCUCAAGAGAAUGGCGCCUCCCAAUGGACGGACUGUCCUCAUCUUCCGAGCUCCCUGUGGAUGCCCAGCAGGUAGAUUAGAAGUUUGGGGGAAUAAGAAAAUUCGUAAGCUUAAGAAAUGAAUCAUCUUCAUCUUCAUCGCCAUCAAUAUAAUAAUAAUUAUCACUCUGUAUCUUGACGAUAUACCUUCAUAUAUACACUGUAUUAGUAUAUCUUUACAUGAUGAAUAAAUACAUAUACAGAACCUGUCUUUUGUUCCU